AUGCAAUGGAAGAACGGUGAUACAACGAAUGGACAAGUUGUUGCUGGUGGUAAAGGCCAAGGAAAUGGAUUACAUGAAUUGUAUGCUCCAACUGAUGUAUUAAUUGACAAAGAGACGGAUAGUCUCAUUAUUUGUGAUCAAGGGAAUGGACGAGUUGUACGAUGGUCUCGUCGUAGUGGUACAACACAAGGUGAAAUACUCAUCGACAACAUCGCCUGUUGGGGAUUAGCAAUGGAUGAACAGAGAUAUCUCUACGUUUCCGACACCGGAAAACAUGAAGUAAGACGAUAUCAAUUGGAUGAGAAGAAUGGCACUCUCGUAGCUGGCGGUAAUGGCAAAGGUUCGGGACUCAAUCAACUCAACGAGCCGAGCUAUCUCUUUGUCGAUCGACAACAGACUGUCUACGUAUCAGACUGGAACAAUCAUCGUGUAAUGAAAUGGAAUAAGGGUGCAAAAGAAGCAAUCUUCGUUGAUACAUUGGGUACACUCUAUGUAGCAGACUGGGGGAAUCAUCACGUAAUGCGUUGGACUCAAGGAGACAAGAAACAAGCCAUUGUAGUUGUGGGUGGAAAUGGUCAAGGAAAAGGAGCAAAUCAGUUCGACGUCCCCGUUGGUUUGUCUCUCGAUCGACAUGGUAAUCUCUAUGUCGUCGAUCAUGAUAAUGCUCGUGUUCAACGAUUUUCUAUCGAAAAAGACUUGUGA